GGACCACCGAGCGGCUUGUUGUGUAACUGAAUGGGCGCAUUGUGUAAACAUGUAUUAAUGAGGUCACGCCGGAUGUGUUCAUUAAGAAAUUCUUCGGUGGAUUUGGGCUUUUGCAUAACCACAUUCCUGCCUUUUUCUCACGAAUAUAUUAACCUUCUAUUCUGAUCACACUCGAGCUUAGGUAUGUUGUUUCUGGGAUUUAUUUCAAAUUUCUGAAUAAAUAUUACAUUUAAGAAAGAAAAAAAACAAACAAAAACAGAUCAACUUCGAUAUGGAUGCUUCUUCUCCUCUGCCGGAGGGAUUCUCUGAGCUCGAUAUUUUUGCAUUGGGAUCAUGUCUGCUUGUGGAGGGACUCCUUGGAUUUUUCAUGAAUGCUGUCACCGUUAUUGCUUUUCUGAAAAUACGAGAUUUGCGGACUCCGAGUAACUUCCUGGUAUUCAGUUUGGCUUUAGCAGAUAUGGGCAUUUCUACAAACGCCACUGUUGCUGCGUUUUCAAGCUUUCUGAGAUACUGGCCCUAUGGGUCUGAAGGAUGCCAAACCCAUGGCUUUCAUGGAUUCCUAACUGCCCUCUCUAGCAUCCAUUUCAUUGCAGCCAUUGCUUGGGACAGAUACCACCAAUACAGUACCAGAGCAAAGUUGCAGUGGAGCAGUGCCAUCACGAUAGCCACCUUCAUCUGGGUCUUUACUGCCUUCUGGGCAGCUAUGCCAUUGAUUGGUUGGGGAGAGUAUGACUAUGAGCCCCUGAGGACCUGCUGUACUCUAGACUUAAGCAAAGGAGAUAGGAACUAUGUCACCUAUCUGAUUCCAAUGGCCAUUUGUAACAUGGGAAUUCAAGUGCUGAUUGUGUACUUCUCAUACCAAUCCAUUGACAAGAAGUUCAAGAAGAUGGGCCAGCAAAGGUUUAACUGUAGCACUCCUUUAAAAACCUUGCUGUUCUGCUGGAGCCCUUAUGGGAUCCUCGCCUUCUAUGCUGCCGUGGAAAAUGUGAAUGUUUUGUCUCCUAAACUGAGAAUGAUUGCUCCUAUCGUCGCUAAGACCUCUCCAACUUUCAAUGUCUUUGUUUACGCACUUGGAAAUGAGAAUUACAGAGGAGGAAUCUGGCAGCUGCUCACAGGAGAAAAGACUGAAUCUCCAGCUUCUACUGAGACUAAGUUUAAAUGAAUAAUCAUUCAUUGUUAAUUCAGUCAUUCAUUCAACUUUAUUAACUGCUUUAUCCUGAUCAGAGUCACACUGAAUUCAGAGAAUUCUGAGAACAUUGUUGGGCAAUGUAACAGUAUUUACAUAUUACAUACUAAAACAUAUUUAUUUCCUACAAAAAGCACUAUGAUCAAACUCCAGAUUGCAAAUCUUCCUUUCCAUGACAUGAUUGUAUACAUUUUCAUAAUAUACAUUUUCCAAGGAUUAAGAAUUACCAGACAGGAGGUGAUUAUGCACAAGACAUACUGCAAUUAUGUCAAACUGCCUUUCAUCCUGCACAUCUCACUCCCUCUUACAUGUGUUCACACAGUCCAUAUCUUACAUAUGUGACACUGAACACCUUUGGGUUGAACUGGAAAGCAGACUGCACACCUGGCCUCAUGUGUGGCCAUAGGCCUCACCUAUGCAACAUCAGUCCCUGACUUUAUUAAAGAUUUUGUGGCUGAAUGAGCACAAUCCACCCUAGCCAAGUUCCAAAAUUUAGUGGAAAGCCUUCCCCGAAGAGUGCAGGUUAUUAUAACAGCAAAGAGGGACCAACUCCAUAUUAAUGUCUAUGGUUUUGGAAUGGGAUGUUCAACAAGUGUUAUGGUGUCCAGACACUUUUGGCCAAAUAGUGUGUGAAAAAAAUCCUACCUCUUUAUCUACACAGAUAUAAUUGGAAAUGUAAAACAUUACAGUGCUAUAAUCCAAGGUGCAGGAGCAUAAAAGUUCUGAAUAUAACUUUUUUUAGCAUUGUUGUUUUUAUCACUCCAUCUCUUAAUGAAAGAGUUCUCUAUCUCAUUAAGAAAUUUAGAUGAUAAGAUCGUGAUAAUCCACUUUAUGUUGCAAUUCUUGCUGCAUUUUAAUUACUAAACAUAACCAAAACAAGUUAAACAUCAUUUUAGAGAUUAAAUGUACAGUACAUACACACUACUUGAACUACUGAAGUAAACUACUAUAAUCCAGACAGAAAGCAAAGCCACAAAACAACCAAACUUUUACAAACAUUCAUCAUUCUGUACACAGUGAUUCAAGCAGGGCUUAAUCCAAAAGCAAUAGGCACUGUUUAUCUGUUGGCCUGGAUCAACCACACAUAGACGUUUGUUCUUGGGUAGCAAACAUGAGCUUUAGGAAAGAAAAAAUUGUAAUAGCACAUCAGAUCAACAAGGCUGUUAGUGAUCUUUUCUUAAUGUGUUAGUGAUUUAUUCCUGUGAUCAAUUGUGACAAUUAAUAUUGUAUUGUCAUGAUUUUCUGUGAUUUUUUUAAUACUGUGAAUGUGGGCUGACACUAUGCCCUAUUAUUAUCUGUAUUAUGAUCAUUUGUACUGUAGUUACUGAUGUGCACUGUGAAGUGAUUUGCAGAUUGAUUAAAAAGUAUUAAUUAUGUUAAUGUUAGAUGUACUGUAAUUUUACAAAGUGGAAAGACAUCAUACAUAUGAAUCGGAGAGAGAGAGAGAGAGAGAGAGAGAGAGAGAGAGAGUGAACGAGGGAAUUAAAAAAUUAUUUGUUCAUGAUAUUUUGUUGCCUGAGAAAUUCUAGUGCAUUAUAUAUAGUAUGUUGUUAUGGCUUGUCAGUGUCUUUGGUAUUAAUUCUUGAAAAAAAAAUCUCAGUUGUGAUGCCUUAUCAGUAUCUUCUGUAUCAUUACAAAUAGAUACAUGUUUGAAUAUUUCUCUGAAUGUUAUUUAAGAACCAGAUCAGGCCAACCACAUUUUCUACAUAAAUAAUGAUUAACGAAGCCCUUAGUGUACCUAGCGUUUGAUCCAGUGGUUAUCAUUGUAUUGUGGACAUGCUCUGAGAUUUAACUGACAUGUUAUCCAAGCAUUCAAAAGCAUUACACAUUAAUUUUCUGACUGAAUGUAUAGUUUCAAAAAUAAAUUAAAUUCACAA